CAGGUCAUUUAUUCCUUGGGAAGGGAAAUGAUUAGUUCUUGGGCCUCCCAAGCCUCUGGAGAUCUGUUCUCCUUGGCAUCAAGAUUACAGGCUGCUCCUGGCAGAAAUAGUGGUUGAUUCCUGAUUUACUGGAUUUAUUCCCUGUUUACAGACUUGUUUCCUCUUGGCCUGCGUGGAUUGGCCUAGAUUUAAGGGCAUGCCUUUGAUGGUAUAGGGCUUUACCUCCAUAUAGAUCAUCUUGUCUAAUCCUAGCAGUACUCCUGUGAAAUUGCCAAAGUGGCUGAGGAAAUUGAAACUCAGACAGUUUAAGGCUUGUUCAAGGACUAAUACGUCUGAACUUGAAUCUAACUUGACUCUAAAUCUGGUAUUGUUCCCAACAUACCAUGGUGCUUUCUUUCGUUUCCUUGGCAACUCUGACAUUAGACCAAGAAGUCCCCUUUGGUGGGGCCAUUGUAUCGUUUCACUGCUGAGGGCUGUUGGUGUCAUCUGCAGUGUUUAAUCUUGGGGUAUAUCGGCGUGAAGCAGUCAAGUCCUAUAAGUCCUACGACUUCUUCCGGCACGACAAUGAGGAGGCCAUGAAGAUCCGCAAUGUGCUCUGGUGGCGCUGGAAGAUGUGAAGGCAUACCUCACUGAGGAGAGCGGGCAGAUCGCGGUGUUUGAUGCCACCAAUACGACUAGGGAGAGGAGGGACAUGAUUUUGAACUUUGCCAAGGAGAAUUCCUUCAAGGUAUUCUUUGUGGAAUCUGUCUGUGAUGAUCCUGAUGUCAUUGCUGCCAACAUCCUGGAGGUAAAGGUGUCGAGCCCUGACUACCCUGAAAGAAACAGGGAGAAUGUGAUGGAGGACUUCCUAAAGAGAAUUGAGUGCUACAAAGUCACCUAUCGACCCCUUGACCCAGACAACUAUGACAAGGAUCUUUCUUUCAUCAAGGUGAUAAAUGUGGGCCAGCGAUUUUUAGUGAACAGAGUCCAGGACUACAUCCAGAGCAAGAUAGUCUACUACCUCAUGAAUAUCCACGUGCAGCCUCGCACCAUUUACCUUUGCCGGCAUGGAGAGAGCGAAUUCAACCUCUUGGGGAAGAUUGGGGGUGACUCGGGCCUCUCGGUGCGGGGAAAGCAGUUUGCCCAGGCUCUAAGGAAGUUUCUGGAGGAACAGGAGAUAGCAGACCUCAAAGUGUGGACGAGCCAGCUAAAGAGGACUAUCCAGACUGCUGAAUCCCUGGGUGUGACCUAUGAGCAGUGGAAGAUUCUGAAUGAGAUCGAUGCUGGCGUGUGUGAGGAGAUGACCUAUGCGCAGAUUGAGAAGCAGUACCCGGAUGAGUUCGCACUUCGAGAUCAAGAGAAAUACUUGUAUCGGUACCCUGGUGGGGAGUCGUACCAGGACCUUGUGCAGCGGCUGGAGCCCGUCAUCAUGGAGCUGGAGCGGCAGGGCAACGUCCUCGUCAUCUCCCACCAGGCUGUCAUGCGCUGCCUGCUGGCCUACUUCUUGGAUAAGGGUGCAGAUGAGCUACCAUACUUGAGGUGCCCCCUCCAUACCAUCUUCAAACUUACUCCUGUGGCCUACGGAUGUAAAGUGGAAACAAUUAAACUCAACGUGGAGGCUGUGAACACUCACCGUGACAAGCCAACCGCAGAGACCGGGUUGGCUGUGCACAGGCACUCUUCUUCAGCGUCCCUCACAUCGCUUUGCUGAUGAUGUGAAGGCUGAGGCCAGACCUCUCGAAGAUCUACCACAAAGCUUGGGAUGGCAGCUCCACAGGGGCUCCAUCAGGAAGUUAAGCUGGGAUUGGACAUUUGGAGCCACCAAAAUGAGGCCUGGAAAAACAUUACAUUUCUUCCUGUCGUACCUAAUGGGAAUAUCUUACACGGGGUAACUUAACUUCCCUCUGCCUCAAAACAUCUAACGGCCUGAACUGAUCAGUGUGUAUUGUCUCUUUGCUGGGUGUGACCCCAGUUGGCCAGUCUUGUUCUGUUUCAGCAUUUAACUUCCUACUUGCAAUUGUAUCCCUGGCGGCCUGUUCUUUUCUGAAAUGCAAAUGCACCUCUUCAGAUUUGUUUCCAAGUUGAGAGGGCUGCAUUGCAGCAAGCAUGUUCUGUGCUGUAAGAGCUGGUCUCUGCGUCCAUUCCAGCCGGGCAGGCUAGAGGACAAUACACAUAUGUUAGGCGUCCCUUUUUGUCACGUUGGAAACAAGAGACAAAUUCACCAGGUGAGUGGAGGGUAUCUGAGAAAUUCAGUCGCUGAAAUGUCUCUUCUGCGGUAAUGGAAGAGCAGUGUCAGCCACCUUUUCAUGUAGAGAAGUUUUUCCUUGUUCCAGGCCCUGUAAGGGCAGGAUCUGACUGCAAGACUCCCCAGAAUGGGUCCCCAUCUUCAAAGUACUCUUUUCCUGAGUAGCUACUGUAUUUCCUACCUGAUGCUGUGUCCCCUCACAGUGGCAGAGGGAAAUGUCGUUCUCCAGUGGUUGGGAAUGAGGGCUGGAGAGAAAAGUAGGGCACCAUUGACAUUACCUGAAGAAGUAAAGAGGGUUCCUUGGGAAUCAACUCUACCAGGGAGUUCUUGCUUCAGACCAGGUGCAGGGGCACAUGACUUUCUGUGGGGUUUAUCACUAUGAUGUGGUCUCUACAAAAGCUGUGGCUGUGCCUUCGAGAGCAGCGGGUCUUCUGAUGCCUGCCUCUUAGCUAAUUGUCACUGGUGGGGUCUCCUGGUCUCUUAUGUAUAGAACACUACGGGGGGAGGGCAAGGGAGACAUGAGUCCUUGAGGGGUCCGUCAUUUGGCUUCCUGUAAAGAUAAGCCAGGUAAUUCUCUAGAUCAAUGUGAUUCUCUGUCGGUGUGAUUUUAACAUGUCACAACUCCAAAGGAGGGUAUAGAAGCUCCAAAGGAUAAAUAUCUUACAAGCAAAAUUCUUUUUUUUUUUUUUUUUUUGGGUAAGGAUAGUAAGUUUUUUAGCUUUUUAAAUAAUUUUUCCCUUUCAUGCAGAUACCCACUUGCUGGGCAAGAGGGUACGUAACAAGAAGAGUAAUGAAAUGCAGCUUUUCCCAAAUGGUUCUUUUAUACUGUGGAUGAUACGGGGCUCCAUUACCUAAGAUGUGAUGAGCUGGGCUGCAGGCAGUUCAGCAUCCGGCAACCAGGAGCUUAUUUUAUACGCACAAAGCUGCCUUCCGAAAGGCUCCUGACUCUGCUCUUAGCAGGGGAUUUUCACCUGGCCGUUUGUAGCAUGUGGUACUGUCAUCAUUUUGUUCUUGUGCUGCGGGUUUCUUUCUGCAUCUAAACGCAGUGUCUUGAUGAUCAGAUAAUAUUUUUAUUUAGUUAUUUAUUCAUCCAUAUGAGAUUUUUAAGUCCCAUAUUAGUGUUUGCAUGUGUUUGAUCAGAAUGUAAGAUAAUUGGUGUUGUCUGGUUUUUGGUAGAAAUUUAGGUAGUUUGAGAUUUUAAGUGUGAUGUCCAUAGUAUUACCUUAAAUUAAAUUUCCAAGGUCUAGGUAUCUGUCUUCUGUAAAAGGAUGAUAACUGUGUUAAGGCACAAUGGAUUUCUUUUGAGUACUUUUUUUUUCUCAUUUAUUUUUGUUAUAAGUAUCAACCAAGAGGUGCAUAUCUCUGGAGAGAAGUUUAUCUCCUGGAUAAAUAAAAUCAUGCUAAAAUA